CAUACCUCAGCUACAACUCACCAACGCACCUAUCGUCCAAGAUUGAUUGCUACUGGGCGCUCGAAAUACUCGCAAAACUCAACGCCUGCCGUUGCUCCUGUCGAUUUUACUCCCAGUCUGCUCGCCUGUCGGUGGUACACUAGACAAAAUGACAAUUGACGAUCCGGUCCAGACGUCACAAUUCCUCCUAAAAAAACCUCCAGUCUUUUACAGCGCAAAGAUCCCCUUCAAGCAUUGGCAGCUCCGGUCGCUCCUCUGUUCACCCGCUCCAGACCUCCUCUACUACCCGUCGAACAACCGGAUAUAUUCGCUGAACACCGCCACCCGAAAGCGUCGACUAGUCGCAACUCUCCCGUUCAGCCCGAGAUGCAUCGGCGCUCGCUAUGGUUGGGUGUGCGCCGGAGGUGCUGACCACGGCCACUUCGCGACCAUCCGGGUACGGAAGUCCGAAGACCGCGAUGGCGACGGCGACGGCGACGGCGACAAUGAUCCGUUUGCCACUGGGCCGGCUUAUGACACGAUGUCGCUCGACGGCGAGGACGAGAGUUCAUCGGGCAGCAGUAGCGGGAGGGCGCGUCUCAACGUGAAGGAGCUCGGUGGCUACAUAGUGAAUUCAGUCACAUUGCACAGACCGCCAUCGUCGGCAAGUGAUGACGAUGUGCUCGCCGUUUUGACUAAUAACGACAAGACGGUUCGAAUCUUUCAUUUGGCCGACAACCGAGUAAUCACUACACUUCAUGUCGACGUCUCGACCAACCAUGCUUCGAUCUCUCCCGACGGACAGCACCUGGUCGUAGUCGGCGACUCCCCCGAAGUGUACUUCUACCAUCCGGCCAACACUGGUUCCCGCAGUGGCUCGCCCGCUACUGGCAUCGGCGAAGCUGGAUGUGGGUCGUGGAUCCUAUCUUCGCAUCCGCCGCUUAGUGCUGGGACCGAAAACGAUGCCUUGAUGUCAACCAGCUUCUCGUCUUCGUCACUCCAUUGCGCCGUCGCUUCGCAAGCUGGCAUCAUCACCAUCUUCGACACACGAUAUCUUGCCUGUGAUGACGGCUGCGAUCCAUUGGUCAAAGUGAUUACUUCGUCUCGCGCAUUCAAGGAGCCUGGUGCCGUCCGUAGUGUCCAAUUCUCUUCAGCGCCUUGGGAUCUGCUGGUCUGGGCUGAACACUGCGGUAGGGUUUGCAUUGCUGAUGCCAGGAGUAACUUUGCGCGCCGACAGAUAAUCGAUAUUCUUUCGGGGAAAGAUGAAUUGAUUGAGGCUGAAGUCGAGGAAGUCCAGGAUCAUCCGUCAGCUUGGGAUAUUUCGCAGAGCCUCGGCAGUCCCACCACCCUUCCCACCGGUAGGCAUUCCAGAGACGACGAGGAGGCGGAAGAGCGCAUCUUAAUUUCGGGCGAUACAUCCAUAAACGAACUCGCGGGCCUUGUUAUUGACAACUCGAGCGAAUGGCUUGCCUCACGAGUGAGGAACACACCCAGCGGCCCGGUUAUUGCAGAUGCGGGAUCCUUAUCAACGGCGCAAUACCAGAUGCUUCGGAUGGCAGGCGUAGGUUCGGGUUUGCCUACUACCCCUGCCCUCCUGCGCGAUUACCGUGAGAGACAGAUUGAGCGUGAGAGGGCGCGACAACGAAUUCAUGAUCCACCGAGGCGGAGAAACUCGAUCCAUCCUUCAUACGCCGAUCAUUCGACCUCAACACCAGCAGAUCUUUCGACUGGUCCUACAUCCGCUGCUGCUACGCCGAGCGAGAGGGAGAGGAGUAGACUAUCUAGGGGUUCUACUACUAUCCCCUCACUGAGACCCCUCGAACAAAUCACCAAUCUUAUCGCCGAGCAGCGUCGCCGACAGAGAAGGAGUGGACGGUUUGAGGCCGAUGCAGCGUCAUUCUCGUAUCCGUAUGCUAGUGAUGGCGUGGAUAUUACGGGGUGCACUCUGGGACCGGAUGGAAAGAAGCUGUAUGUGGCCACCGAUGGAGGUGUCGUCGAAUACGGAAUCGAUAUCGGUGGGAGGAAAGUCUUUCCUAGCAUGACUCCUCGGUAAUUAUUGUGAUUUUGCGUAUUUGGCGGGUGCGUGUUUUUUUGUAUUGACACAUCGUCCCAUUUGUUUUUAUUCUGCGGUCAUCUUGGUCUCCUAUUUCGCUUGCUUGCAUAAGGUGUUCACUUCUGGGCGGUCAGUUGUUUCCGUGUUGGCAUAUGAUGGUCAGAAUCGUGUACCCUCUAUGCUUUUCUCGUUCGGGUCCCGCCUUGUUGAUAUCUUUGGUUCGAAUUCUUUUGGCUGGUGGUGAUGCGUUUGGACGUCGAGUUCAUCCACCUUUGGGCGUUGGUGCAGGUCCUUUUUCAAUCCGCUCUUUAUCAUCGA